GUCCAGGUCCGAAGGAACAACUCUCGCCUUGGCCUUCGCUCUUCGCUCUUUUCUCAGAAACGCAACCUACUCUUUUAAUAAAUCCAUUCCCCAACCUCCACAUUUCUAUCUCUAUCGAGCUCCAUAUCCUCGCCUUCUUUAUUCAUUUUGUAUGGCAAGCAAGGGAUCUCCCCUUCCUUUCUUAUUUUUUGCGCCCUCGGCGCAAUAAAACACCAGCACGCCCGAUAUCUCUUUCAUGAUCAUGUAUAUAUGCCGUCAUUGUGGAUCAGCCAAUGGACUUCGGAGAGGCUCCUUCAAGCUCGCUGCACCCUCAAAGCCGAUAUUGCCAUGGCCACUUUUGCCACGAGUAUAUCCUCAGCCUUCUCAGGCUCUCCUCGCUGGCACAGUUGCGCCUUCACGGUUCGCGAGUUCCUCCAGAUUACUCUCAGCCGGGGUGGCGACUCAAACAUCAGCAGCCAUUACUGCCGUGAGUCCUCAGCAUUAUCCUAGAAUUGCCCAAGUAAAAACCGUUAAGGCACACUCAGAACUAUCAUCAUCACCACCACCACCGAUGUCGAACAAGGAGAGGCGCAGGCACAUUAAUACUAUCCGACGACGAAUCGAUAAAUUGGUCAGGCGUCUUGAUAUCGACAAUCUAUACCUCGAGUUCUGGAAGAUCAGCUGUACAGAGACACUGGAAGAUCAGCGGUCGAUCUGGAGCAAUGCGGACCAGGGACAUGCGCGACAAGAGUCCAUCUACAGGGCGUUUAAUUCUGGAGCGGAGCCAGUGCACCAAAGAUAUCCGUUGGAGCGGAUGAGCAAGGGCGAAGUUUUUCCGAUAUCCAGAUUUGCAAUACAACUGGACGCACCGGACAUGUCAGCAGGGUCCUCAGAACCAGCAGCAGGAAUUUCAUUAUCAGCAUCUUCAUCAGCAUCUUCAUCGGCAUCUUCAUCAGUAUCUUCAUCAGCAUCGGCAUUACAAUCGGCAACAGAAUCGAUAUCAGCAUCGAUAUCUAUAGCAGCAACUCAAAAAAUCCACACGAUACGCUUCAUACACCAAUCUCAUCCCCGACGACUCCUUCAGAUCCACCAUUAUUUCGAACAGGUUCUUAACCUGAAGAUUGCAUAUUACUCCCGGAUCGCCCUCCUCGUCGCGUUUUCAUCCAGGGGCGACAUGAUUACGACCAACAAACUCUUUCAACGCUUCCAAAAGUCACCCGCCAAUGUACCAGAACACUAUCAGGACAACGAUCAUCAAAGUGACAGCGACCAUACUGGGGGCGUCGGUAAGGAAAUGUAUUCGGCCGUUAUUCGCGGCCUCGUCGGACGAAACUUCCAGGACUCGGAACAUCGCCCUUACUAUGUCUCCAAGGAUCCAGGCACCGGAAUCAGGAACCAUGGAACAACGCAGAUGCACGCAGCCCUGGAACUCUUCUACGAUCUCUUACGCAAGGGUGGGACCCCAACUUUCGAAACGUACCAUUCGCUGAUCGUUGGCAUGUCGACUUUCAAGAAUGACAUGGAGGCAGCGGAGCUACUGCUCGACCACAUGAUUAUUCACAAAAAAAAACCCUACGUUCAAGUGCUACAUGUCAUGUGCAGAGAGUAUACCCGCCGGAGAGACUUUGCCGCCGCAGAACGGAUCUUUAGAAUGUUGCGGGAAUACAGUAUCCGACCUAAUGCACUUACCUGCAAUCUGAUGCUGCGCGCGGUAUUCCAGUUGUCCAAUGUCCAGGCGCUGCAGUACCUCGACAAACCCACCUCCACAACCCCUACUACUGGGCAUUCGACUUUGGAGCAUGGUCAACAGGACGUGGACUCAAAAGACUUGAAUGCCAAGGCCCGUCAAUUAAAACGCCAAAAGAUUAAGGAGCUGCGGGAAUAUAUGCGCGAGAUUGGGACUGCACCGGACGAGGUGACAUUCAGCAUAUUGUUCUAUGGAUUCGGACAUAUAGAGGGCGGCUAUCCGGACCUAGAGGAGACUAUGAAGGAAAUGGCACGGGACCCAUCGCCCAUCAAACCCAACUUGGUCGUCUUGAACUCGCUGCUCUUUGCGAAUCUGAAUCACGGUAGACUCAAAACUGCAGAGUCGAUCUUGGACCAGAUGUUGUCAUCGACACAUCCUGGCGACGCAUUUGAGAACGGCCGAAGGUCCAAGAAGCAGGCCAUGAGUCCUUUCCAGAGACAAGGGCAACAGGAGCAAGAAAUAGAGGAGGACAAAGGGCGAUGGCCCCGAAGCGACUCCAGCGGUGGCGCACAGAGCGGACAAAGUAUGGUUCCAGGAAAAGGGACCUUUCAUGCAUUAAUGCUGGCACACGUCGAACGCGGAGAUGUCGAAGGAAUGGAGCGCGUGCUCGACAAGAUGAUCCAGGCACAGCAGGAACAGCAGCGGCUCCAUCAAGACCGGUUACGAUCUCGUAGUAUACGAUUUCGAUCUCGUCUCAUUAUGAUUGAUCUGGAUGCGGAUGAGUACACGGCCAACAUCAUGCUUCUGGGCUAUAUCCUUAAACGGGACUUUGAAAAGGUGGAUCAUAUCCAGAAAACGAUCCAUUCGCGACCGGAUUGGAAGACAAGCUCAUUAUUCUGGGAUCGGGAAGAGAGUCGGCAGAAGCUUCUUGCGUUCGUAGGACAUCAGAGCUCCAGGGCUAUUGUAGAACGGUCGUUACAGGAGCAUGAUCAUGAUCUGGGUGGGGGCUCUCCGUUGGUAUCGUCCUCGAAGAAGAUGACAGUAUUUGAUCCGUUGAGCGGCAAUGUCGAUGAGGAACUGGAUGAUGAUAUCGAGAUUGACGUGACAACACUUUCGGCCAAGCUUCUGGGUCUGAUCCAUUCGUCUCCUGUAUCAACAUCAUCGCCAUCGUCAUCUUUAUUAUCAUCAUCAUCAUCAUCAUCAUCAUCCUCAUAGACCAAAUAAAAUACAAUUUUGGUUAC